AUGGCGGCGGUCACGCGAGCGGAAGGCUCUGGCUCGCGGCAGAGGAAUGCAUGGGGGGUGUUGGUUGCGCAGAACAUGCCGACGGAGGAGAAUGGGCUACAGCCGUUUUUCUUACUUCAACGUCAGCUGCAGCAGGACGAGCAGAAUAAAAUAAACGAAUUGAAACGUUAUGGAGAGGGAAUGCAUCCUGUGAUUUUGUUGUGGAAAGAGCGUGUGACUUUUGGACGUCGCGCCGGGAAUGACGUUGUGAUAAAUGGCAAUCCAUGCCUCAGUGGGACACAUUGCGGCCUCUCCAUUCAAAUACUGUCUGCAGUUUCUUCACCACCCACCGUGACCUUCACGGACUACAGCACGAAUGGCUGCCAGGUAAACAACAUGCGGGUCGGCAAGGGAGCUUCUGUUGACCUCCGCAGCGGGGACACCAUUCAUUUGGUAAAUGCAGGCCCAAACAAGCAUACACGGCACAACCUCUGUUUUGUUUUUUAUACCAUGGAGGACUACAAGCAUCACCGUCAGCAGAAACGGUUAUAUGCCGUUGAAACCAUGCGAGGCCCCACACCGUCAAUAGGUGCGAAGCGUGAGAGGAGCGCCAGCCCGCGACGGGACGACCGAAAGGAAACAACGGAUAAUGGCGCGCCACAUGCAGACUCACACCUCUGGGCCUGGGCCCUGGCGCGUCGCAUGUAUCGACACAGCGUGGAAGAAUUCUACAUACUACAAAAGUCAAAGCCACUAGGCGAGGGAGCUUUCUCGGUCGUGUAUCCCGCGGCUCUUCGGCCCACCCCCGAGGUCGUAAUUCGAGCUGAUUGUGCUCCAGGGGUGAUUUUAAAAUCGCCCCAGCUGCAAGAUGAGGAAGCUGCACUUCGGUUUUUGGAGCUGCAGCCGUGUAAAAGUGUGGUGAAAGCAACAGAACUGGCAUUGGAAAAUGCAGCACGACGGCGGCAUCGCAAAGUUGAGACCAUGCCCGAUGGGUCAGAGGGCAUAGUUUACAACUUCGCAGUGAAGGUCAUAGAGAAGAAGCGCAUGUUGUUCCCUGCAGAAGCUAGGCAGCGCUACCGCCACCGUACCGGCGAUGAUUGCCUCUUGCAACCAUCGACUACUGUUGGGAAAAAUGGGGGAAAACGCAGUGAGUAUGUUAUAGAGGUGGAUUCGUGUGAUUCAGAGCAGCAGGCGCUGCAGCAGUUAGUGGCUCUGGAGACACAGACGCAAGAACGGGAACAUGGGCGCGCGCAGGAGCUUCUUCUGGAGUGCCCAGCCAAUAGAACCAUAGACGCCCUGGGCGAAUUCCCCGCCGUCGAGUCAGAGCUUAAAGAGCAGCUUCUAAAAGAAGACCGCGUGCAGCAUCGCGAACAAUUACUGUCCCAGCUCGGACCGGCGACGCGUUUGCGGUAUGAAAAGGAGCUCAGGCAAAAAAUGCGUCACAAAUGUGAGAUUGACAUACUCCUUGCUGUUGAUCAUCCCGCCAUUACAAAGCUGCACGAGGUGUUCGACGGGGAGAGGCGUCUGGAGCUAGUCAUGGAACAGGCUACCGGUGGUGAGGUGCUGAAUCUCCUGCACGGCAAUGGGCCAUUGCCGGAAUUUGUCGUUAAGGUGAUUGUGUAUCAGGUACUUGAGGCGGUUCUGUAUCUGCACCGCACCGGCAUCACACAUCGUGACCUGAAGCUGGAGAACCUGUUGCUGCAGCAGCCUUUUGAGCUUGGAUCCUUCUGUGAGCUGCAGCAGGCACUGCUGUUGCAGAAGCUAAUGCAAUUUCUGAGGGCGUUCGAAGAGGACUCAUCGCCCAAGGAUCUGCAGGAAGAAGAAACAAACAUAGCCCGUGUGCCGAACCCGUUUUCGGUUCUCCACACCGUUCAUGUGGGACGGUCCUUGUGGCCGAAAGUGCAAAUAUCGGACUUUGGAUUGAGCCGCAUGCUGGAGGGCAAGGUCAAUGACGACAAUGGCAAUGGCUACGACAAUCUUCUUUACACCCGAAACGAUAUGGUUACAAUGUGUGGAACACCAAUAUACGUUGCCCCAGAGGUUGUCAUCCCGUCGUUGCGCCCCAACAAAGUGGGAUACAGCGCAGCCGUUGACAUGUUCUCCGUUGGGGUUGUCGCUUUUGCACUGCUCACUGGGCGGGCGCCAUUUCCGCCCGCCCGUGCCGCAGAAAUAAGCCCCAAGCACGGUCGCCUUGAUUAUGACGCGCCGCUCCAUUGGGAGCGGUCAAAAAAACACAAAAAAAUCGAUAUGACUUUAUUACACUCUACCGCACCCGUGCAGCUGCCUCCGCUUCUGCUGCAAGACGCCGCAACAGUACAUCUCACCCCGUCGGCGCCUUAUGAGCAUCAAAACCAACAGCUGCGGCACAUGAAGAGCGUCUGUCCAUCACUUCCCCAAGCCGAGUGGUUAAACACAAUACGCAAAGCCGCCGAAGCACUCCAAGAAGCGCCACCGAUCAACAUUCUCCACGAGAACGUUGUACUGCCACAAAAUUCAUCUUACGCUCAAUUUCUCCCAUCUGUGUCAGCGCUCGGUCGUGAACUCAUUACCUCACUACUAGACAGCCACGCGCAGCGCCGUCCAACAGCCGCCGAAGCCAUUCUACACCCAUGGUUCUUUGACUGUACACAAUAA